AUGCAUAGGAUCCUUAUUAUGUGGAAGUUGAAGAUAGGAAAGGGAAAUGGAGAAGAUCGGCAUUUGUUCAGCAGCAACAACUUCAUCGGACGUCAAACGUGGGAGUUUGAUUAUAAAGCUGGUACACCGGAGGAACGAGCCGCCGUGGAAGAAGCUCGCAGGAGUUUCUUUGACAACCGUUUUCGUGUUAAAGCUUGCAGUGAUGUCUUGUGGCGAAUGCAAUUUUUGAAAGAGACCAAAUUUGAGCAAGUGAUACCGCCGGUGAAGAUCAGCGAUGGCGAUAACAUAACGUAUGAAAAUGCUACGAAAGCGUUACGGCGUGGAGUUUCUUUCUUCUCAGCUUUGCAGGCCUCCGACGGUCACUGGCCCGGAGAGAUCGCCGGACCUCUCUUCUUUCUUCCUCCGUUGGUAUUUUGUUUGUACAUCACAGGACAUUUGGAAGAGAUAUUCCAUGCAGAGCAUCGUAAAGAGAUGCUUCGAUAUAUCUACUGUCACCAGAACGAAGAUGGUGGAUGGGGGUUACAUAUUGAGAGCAAGAGUGUUAUGUUUAGCACCGCGCUGAAUUACAUAUGUUUGCGUAUGCUCGGAGUAGCUUCCGAUGGAGGACAAGAAAACGCAUGUAGACGGGCUAGGCAAUGGAUUCUUGACCAUGGUGGUGUGACUUAUAUUCCUUCUUGGGGAAAAGUCUGGCUCUCGAUACUUGGAAUCUAUGAUUGGUCUGGAACCAACCCGAUGCCUCCUGAGAUGUGGCUGCUACCUUCAUUCCUACCAAUACACUUAGGAAAAUUGUUGUGCUAUACCCGGAUGGUUUAUAUGCCCAUGUCUUAUCUAUAUGGUAAAAGAUUUGUUGGUCCAAUUACACCUCUUAUCAUACAACUGCGUGAAGAACUUCACGUACAACCUUAUGAAGAAAUCAACUGGAAUAAAGCUCGGCGUCUAUGUGCAAAGGAAGACACGUACUAUCCUCACCCUCUGGUCCAAGAUUUGAUAUGGGACACUCUCCACAUAGUCGCCGAGCCUUUCCUCACAAGUUGGCCUUUAAACAAGCUCGUAAGAGAAAAGGCUCUUCAAGUGGCAAUGAAACACAUACAUUAUGAGGACGAAAAUAGCCAUUAUAUCACCAUUGGUUGUAUUGAGAAGGUAAAACAUUUGAGCAAACCUUUUAAUUAUGCAUGUAUUCUCUCAGAACGCUUACAUGUUCAAAACUCUAUGCAGGUUUUGUGCAUGCUUGCUUGCUGGAUUGAAAACCCGGAUGGGGAUCACUUUAAGAAACAUCUCUCUAGGCUUUCGGACUACAUAUGGGUAGCUGAAGAUGGACUGAAAAUGCAGAGCUUUGGAAGUCAGCUUUGGGAAACAGGGUUUGCUAUUCAGGCUUUACUUGCUAGUGAUCUCUGUGAUGAGACCGAUGAGGUUCUAAGGAGAGGACACAAUUACAUAAAGAUAUCUCAGGUCAGAGAAAACCCUUCAGGUGACUUCAAGAGCAUGUAUCGUCACAGUUCCAAAGGAGCAUGGACGUUUUCGGAUAGAGAUCAUGGAUGGCAAGUUUCAGAUUGUACAGCUGAAGCUCUUAAGUGUUGCCUUUUGCUCUCGAUAAUGCCAGCUGAUGUCGUUGGCCAGAAAAUGGAUCCUGAACAUCUAUACGAUUCUGUUAAUCUCUUGCUAUCUCUACAGAGUAAAAAUGGAGGUUUGACUGCAUGGGAACCUGCCUGCGCACCUAAAUGGUUGGAAUUGCUAAAUCCCACAGAUUUUUUUGCUAAUGUUAUGUCUGAGGGCGAAUACGUGGAAUGUACCUCAUCUGUUAUACAAGCUUUGGUUAUGUUCAAACAAUUAUAUCCGGAGCAUAGGAUAAAAGAAAUCACCAAGUCGAUCGAAAAAGCCGGGAAGUUCAUAGAAAGUAUACAAAUGCCCGAUGGUUCAUGGUAUGGAAACUGGGGUAUUUGUUUUACGUACGGCACAUGGUUUGCUCUUAGCGGCCUAUCAACGAUUGGUAAAACAUACAACAACUGUUUGUCUAUCCGCAAAGGAGUAGAUUUUCUUCUUUCAAUACAGAAUGAAGAUGGAGGUUGGGGCGAAAGCUAUCUCUCAUGUCCUGAACAGAGAUACAUACCACUAGAAGGGAAUGGAUCAAACCUAGUUCAAACCGCAUGGGCUAUGAUGGGUCUGAUUUCUGCAGGACAGGCGGAGAGAGAUGUUAUGCCUCUUCACAAAGCUGCAAAAUUCAUCAUCAAUUCACAAAUGGAAAGUGGAGAUUUUCCUCAACAAGAAAUUGUAGGAGCGUUCAUGAAUACUUGCAUGCUACACUAUGCUACAUACAGAAGCACCUUCCCAUUGUGGGCACUUGCAGAAUAUAGGAAAGCUGCGUUCGUAACUCACCAAGAUCUGUAG